UAACCCAUCACUCAUUUUGGUGCUUCCACGAAUAUUUAUCCCCAAAUUCCAAAAACCCAAAACCCUAAUUCCCUUUCUCAAAGAGAGAGAGAGAAGGAAUUUGUUUUUGUUUCUGCUUUCUCCUCCCUCCUCUUAGUUGUGUGAAACUGUUGAAGGAAAGAGGGUUGAAGUCUAAAAUGCACGGGGUGCGCAUUAUUGAACAGGGUGGCCUUAGCAAUUUUGUCAAAAAAGCUAAAUGAACAGGGUGCGCCAAAUAGCGGCUGUAUAUAAAAGGCCCCGUUAAUCAGCCAAACCGAAAACGUCGUUCUUGUUGCUUGCUUAAGAGAAACCAUCUCUCUCUCUCUCUCUCUCUCUCUCUCAAAGCUCAGAGGAAAAGCCAUUGAAGCUUCUCUUUUCUCUCUCUCUAAAACUGGUGAAAAAAAAGCUUCACUUUUUCUUUUGCUUUAAUUGAAUUCUAAGUCAUGCAGUGAAUGUAACUGAAAGCUGCAAACUUCACUUGAAUUAGCAUUAUUCUUAGCAAAAAGCUUUAAUCCUUACCCUCUUAUUCUCGAAGCUGUAAUCUCUUGAUCGCUGUUUCUACUGUUUUGCUUUCAAUUUUUCUGGGGGAAAGGAGUAAUAGGUUUCAUUUUUGUGUGGAUUUUUUUCUUUCCUGACAAAAUUGAGCUUAGAAUUUGAGUGAUCCAUGUCGUCUGAUAUAAGCUAGAGGCUUUUGGUAUAAUUUUUCUUUUCGGUUCUAAAUUGGCUUUGGAGCGAAUUUUUUUAACCAGAUUCAUGGCUAAAUACAGUAGCUAUCAGCGCUCUGAAGUCUUUGUUAUGGAUCUUCAAACUUUGAAUUAUUAUUUCAGAUUGUGAGAUUUGUGAGAGGUAGUAGAGUUUAGUGAAGCAAGGGGUUUAUAGCCUGGUUGUUGGGGGUGGUGUGAGGAAUGGGUAGGGAUCGUCUGCUUUUGGCUACAGUAGGACCACCGAUAAAGGCGCGAGCAGGUUUACGGAGAAAGCAGGCAGGAAGAGGCUCUUACAGGGGAAGCUAGCUUGAGUGGGAGUUAGGGUUUUGUCUUGGUGGAGAUUUUACUUAACUGACAAAGUUGGUUUGGUUGGUGCAUCGUUUUUAGGGUGGGGAGCUGGUUUUAGGAAUUUGAGGGAGGAUGGCUACUGACUUGCAUAAUACACUGAGGAGCCUCUGCUUCAACACUGAGUGGAAGUACGCUGUGUUUUGGAAGCUCAAGCAUCGAGCUCGAAUGGUGUUAACUUGGGAAGAUGCCUACUAUGACAAUUUUGAGCAACAUGAUCCUUUAGAGAGUAAGUGCUUCAGGGAGACACUAGAAAACUUGUGUGGUGACCGUUUUUCACAUGACCCACUUGGACUAGCUGUGGCAAAGAUGUCAUAUCAUGUGUAUUGUCUUGGGGAAGGGAUUGUUGGACAGGUGGCAGUUACUGGAAAACAUCAGUGGAUCAUCGCAGAUAAGCUUAUAACCAGUUCCAUCUCCUCAUUUGAGUUUUCAGAUGGCUGGCAAAGUCAGUUUUUGGCUGGGAUCAAGACAAUUGUUGUUGUAGCUGUUGUUCCAUAUGGAGUUGUACAGAUCGGCUCUUUGAAUAAAGUUGCUGAGGAUAUGAAGCUGGUAAACCAUAUAAAAGAUGUCUUUCUAUCCCUUCAAGAUUCCUCAGUUGGGCACCUUAAUGGUGUGCUGCAAUCUAGUAUGAAGAGUUCUUUAUAUCUGCCAGAUUUACCUACAAAAGAAUUGCAUUCAGAAUCAGAGGUUAUUCCUGAUAGUCUAUGCAAUCUAGAUAAGGCUACUUACAAGGAAGGGCCAAACAAUCAGUUGUCUAUGUUUCCUUAUUUACAGAAAGGAUGUGAUUAUUCCUAUUUUUAUUCCCUUCCCGGUGUACAUGAAGAUACAGCAGAUGAAAUGGUAAAUAAACAUGGAUGGCAUGUAUUAUCCGCUCUGGAGAGUGAUAAGAGGGUUAAGUUACAUCAUCUUGAAUCUGAUAUUACCUAUUUGAUGCAACAAAAUCAAGUAGGAAUAGAUUUUGUAGAUGAACAAAAAUGUGGAGGGAAGAAUAGUGUUUGGAAAGAUCCAGGUGGGGGAUCAAAAUUCGGUGCAACUCCACAUCUAAAUAAUCCUAUCAAGGAUAAUAUAAAGUUAAGUGAUGUUGUACUUCCUAAUGAAAACUUUCGAGCUGAACUUGUGAACUACCCUGUGGACCACCUUGACUCUACUGUUUGUGAUAGACCUAGGUCAGAUAGCGUUAGCAUAGAUGUUUAUUUAAAUGAGUUGUUGAAAAUGCCUGAAUACUCGGACAUGAAUGUCAAAAAAGAGUUGGAGAAGAAGCUGAAAUGUCAAGCUGAGUCAAGUCAGUUGGGGGCCUCGAACACAUUUUUUAAGUUCUCUGCUGGCAGUGAGCUGCAUGAAGCUCUAGGACCAGCUUUUUCAAAACGGUGUUUGUACAGUGAUUGUGAAGCAGAGAAGACUGAAGCGGGAAACAUCGUUGAGGUUCCAGAGGGGAUAAGUAUUAGCCAGAUGACAUUUGACACAGGUACAGAAAAUCUUCUAGAAGCAGUAGUAGGUAAAGUUUGCUAUAGCAGCAGUGAUGUGAAAAGUGAGAGAUCAGCCUGUAAAUCAGCGCAAUCUCUGUUAACAAGUGAGAAAAUUCCAGAGCCUUAUAGCCAGACAAAACAUAUUAUCUGUUCAGCUGGUUAUUCAAUUAAUCAGCAGUCUGUUGUUGAAGAGGAUGCACAGAAUUGCUCAAGCUCAACAGGGGUUUGUGCUGCUAUGUCUUCUAGAGGAUUUUCAUCAACUUGUCCCAGUACUUGCAGUGAACAGUUGGAUAGGCGCCCAGAACCAGCUAAGAUCAACAAAAAGAGGGCAAGACCUGGUGAAAACUGUAGGCCUAGACCAAGGGACAGACAACUUAUUCAAGAUCGUAUUAAGGAGCUAAGAGAGCUGGUACCCAGUGGGGCAAAGUGCAGUAUUGAUUCCCUGCUGGAACGCACAAUCAAACACAUGCUGUUUUUAGAAAGUAUGACAAAGCAUGCUGACAAGCUCACUAAAUGUGCCGAAUCAAAGAUGUUUCAGAAGGCAACAGACACCUCUAACUAUGAAAAGGGUUCAAGCUGGGCAGUUGAGGUGGGAGGCCACCUAAAAGUUUCUUCAAUUGUAGUAGAGAACCUAAACAAAAACGGGCAGAUGCUUGUAGAGAUGCUAUGUGAGGAGUGUAGUCAUUUUCUUGAGAUAGCAGAAGCUAUUAGAAGCUUGGGUCUGACAAUUUUGAAGGGGAUUACGGAAGUGCAUGGUGAGAAGAUAUGGAUAUGCUUCAUGGUUGAGGGCCAAAACAACAGAGUGAUGCAUAGAAUGGAUAUCUUAUGGUCACUGGUGCAGAUAUUGCAACCUAAGACUUCAAACUAGUGACAAAGACCAGUCAGCUCUUGGAGAUUGUGGUGUUGCUCCUGUGUAAAAUAGCCCGUAAUUUGAGAUCUUUGCAUGGCAUUUUUUCAGAUGUGAUUCUUGUUUGUUUUCCCCUUCUCCUAAAAUAACAAGGAAAGGACAAGAAAUGAAUACCUGCACUUAUUUGAA